AUGGCAGACUUUACUCCCAUGAAUCCAAACAGCUGGAGACUUUGUCAGCGUUGCAACACACGCUUCGAAUCAACUGUACCAUUUACAUAUGUGCGUGGUAAAGACGGCUCAGGCCGUACGUGUUGCCCGACCUGUGCAAAGCAUUAUGAGGGACGUAAAGCUAUAGAACAGACUCGAGGCCAGCAAGCUACAAGCAUCGACUUCACAGCUGCUGAGCCCUCGAGACAUGAGCUGGUAAAAGCAAUGUCAGCAGCGCAACGUGGAGGUUUGUCAUGCUCUGAGGGCUUCCGUCAGCGCUUCGGCCAUCCAGCCCACAUGCUGGCAGGUGACCACGGAAAAAUGCUUCCUCCUCCAGUUCCUGCACACGCAAGCAUGGGAUAUACACCCAAUCAUGCCGUGCACCAGCUGCAUCGCAGCAAGAUGGCUCAGGCAGCAUCGUCAGGGCGCUUCCAUCAAGUCAUGAUUCGAGUCGCCUUACAUCACCUGAAACCAGAGGGAAAGUCGGGCACAGUGUUAGUUGGUAAUAUUGAACGUGAUGUGCGUGUUGCGCUCAACAUCACCCUAGCUCAGCUCCAGUCCGAGGUAAUCAACCAGCUCAAACCAUUAUGGGCAGAGUGGUCACGCAGCCACUCUCUCUCCCUCUAUAGCCUGGAAAUGCACAAAUCACCAAAGCUGAUUCUUUACGACCCGAGACAACCAUCCAUUGGCGCUAAUGAACCAGUCCUACAAUAA